CUUGUUUACCGUGUAUGUUGUUGUUGUGUAUAAUUACACGACCAUGUAUAUUUGUAAUUAUGAAUGAGCAGUAACACGAAGCCUCGUUUAAUCCAGUCGUGUGAGAACAGCGCUGCCUCUUUAAAACCACUGAGAGGGGGUCUUUAUUUGGCAGGAAGUUAGCCGCAGCUAACAGGAAGUCGAGUAAUGAGGACACUUUGAGGUGCAGGAAUUGGCAAAGAGCAACGAGUCUAAACACUGCUCUCUACACUCGUUACAACUCCCUCUGAUAAAGGAGGAACAAACAGUCGGCCACUUGUGUAUGAAGACAAGUCAGAGGCAGCAAUGUCUUCAACAGUGGAUCUCAAGACCAAGGAGGAGAAGGAUGCAGAGCUGGACAGACGAAUUGAAGCUCUGAGGAAGAAGAAUGAAGCUCUGGUCAAGAGGUACCAGGAAAUCGAGGAAGACAAGAAGAAAGCAGAGCAGGAGGGCAUCGCUGUGACAACACCUCGGAAGCCGCGUCCCCACGAGCCGGAGACCGACAGGAGGAAGAUGGAGAAAGAAAACUUCACCGUCACAGUCGACCUUUCUAAACCAACAGGGGAGAAGAGAGUUGUGAAUGACUGGAAACCUGGAACACCUCGUGGCCGGAAGAUGUCAGAGGAAAGUGACGGGCACAGAGGGCAGAGCGACGGGCACAGAGGACCGAGCGACGGGAACAGAGGACCGAGCGACGGGCACAGAGGACCGAGCGACGGGCACAGAGGACCGAGCGACGGGAACAGAGGACCGAGCGAUGGGCACAGCCCCCCUAGGAGGACGGGAUCAGGACGGAUAGGUCGAGGAGGACAGAGAGGAGGAGGAGGAGGAGGAGCCCGCCAAGACAGGAGAGACCGAGAACCAAGGAUGCCCAGAGAUGGAGACCCUGGGGAGUUGGGAGGACCGGGACGCAGAGGAGGAAGGAGAGGAAGAGGAGGAGAAGGGGGAGGAGGAGGGACACCGGGUGGCAUGGACAGGAAAUCCAAGGAAUGGGAGGAGAAGAGACGACAGAACAUUGAGAAGAUGAAUGAAGAAAUGGAGAGAAUAGCAGAGUAUGAGAGAGGACAGCGGGCGGAUGGUGACAAGCCGAUCCGUAACUUCCUGGAUGACCCGAGGCGUUCAGGCCCAGCACCAGACACAGACCGCAAGGAAGGCAGCAGGAGACAUGUACGGAACUGGGGGGGGCUGGACUUUGACAACGUGAAGACAGGAGCUGAACUGGAGAGAGAGUGGACUAGUCGAAGGCCGGGUCCAAAAGGCUCUGUGGACAUGACCAUGUCCAUGACUGGCCGGGAGAGAGCAGAGUACCUGCGCUGGAAGAAGGAGCGUGAGCAGAUUGACGAGGAGAGACUAGCACGCCAUCGCAACGCCACAGGCCAGUGGAGACGAGAGUGGGAUGCACAGAAGACUGACAACAUGUUCAAGGAGGACCCAUAUGUGGCUGCAGAGGGCAUCACAUCCGAGCAGGGCAACAGGAGAGCCCGGGGGCGUAACUCUCGUACAGAGCCUCGGGGCAGGGCCUCAGAUGAUGCGAAGCGGCCGCCGAAAGCUCCGACAUUUGGCGACUUCCUGUCCCAGGGCAGGACCCAGGGGCCCCGAGGGGACCGGAGCAGAGGAAAGGGCCGAGGACAGAAACCGAGCUAUAGCAUGCAUGACAACCGCUGGGAAGGAGAGAAAGAAGAGGAGGAGAAGGAAAAGGAGGACAAGACAAAGAGAGAGGAGAAGACAAAAAAGAAGGAGGGGGAAGAAAAACCCAAACCACCCGCAGCACCAAAGGUGGAGGAGAAGGCGGGAGACGAAGAGGAUGAUGACGAUGAUUGGGAGGAUGCCAGUGAUGGAGAAGGCGACGAGGAAGCAGUGGAGGAAGGGAGCGACUCAGAACACGACUCCAGGGGCGAUGAGAAGAAAGACACUGGGAAAGAGAAACCAGCUAAGAGCAAAGACAACUCCCCUACAUCUCCCACGCCUCGUUCUCGACCGACAUCAGCGGGGAGCCCCAAAGAGCAGCGGACUCCCAGGCCGAAGGUCCACAUCCCCCCGCCGGCAGCAGCUCAGGAGUCUCCAGAGGGAGGAAAGCCCCUCAGCCCCUUCUCUCCGUUGGAUGGCCACCAGCCUGUGUCAGACUGGGGGGAGGAGAUGGAGAUGCUGUCGCCACGAAGCAGCAUGGGAGGCGAGAGCCCCCUGAAACCCCCCAGCACUGAGGCCAGCCCAUCACAGAAGAAGACCCAGGAGCAGGAGCAGGAGACAGAGAGCCAAACUGGAAGCUCCAGUGAACCUGCUGAGCCACAGAAAGAGGAGGAUCCAACUGUCGACGUUUCCUCUCCUCCAGACAAGGCUGAAACCCAGCAGACUGUGAUAGUUUCAGAACCAGAGUCUGUCCCCACAGAUUCCCCCGCUGCACUGUCGUCUGACGCCACCCCCUCUGAUUUCUCUGUCCCAGCCUCCUCUGAGGUCAGCGAGGUUGCUGUGACAACGGACCAGGAUACACCUACUGCUCCAUCACAAGACAAACCAGACACUGCUCCCUCUCCCGCUCCCGCCGUCCUUGAGGCUGACCAGAGCUCUCCUGAACCAGCAGGAGAGAGAGAUGACGACACAGCGCCCGCUGGGACCAAUGCUGCUCCGACAGCAGAAACUGUGGAGUCCUCAGAGCAGACGUCUUCAGGCUGAAGCUGCUGGGAACAAACAGAUUCACUUCUGGGGAGGAUGGAGAGAUGAAAGGAAGAGGAGACGUCUGAAGGCCAUCACACUACUCAUCACUGGAGUGGCCAUCACAGGUUAAUCAAAAAAAAAAAAAAAAAAUAUUUAAACCAUCAUGCAGAGGUGGAGGGACUGUGCAUCACUGACGAUGGACCAGGGUGUUUUUAGUGCUCUGUCUCCGAACUGUUUUUAAGUCUUUUGGAUCAGUCGGUGUGAUCACCUCUGAGCAGUUGCCAUAUUUUGUCUCACUGUUAAAUAUUAAGAAAUCAUGAGUAAAAUGUCUGACAGUCACUGGUUUUCAGUACUGAAAAGCUUCAAAAUUUUCUGCCCUGGCAGUCGGAUCUCAAGGUUUUCUGUGUUGAGAAAAUUUGUCCAGAAGACGACUUGUGUAGAAAUCACAGAAGAUAAUUUAAGGCACGUGCUGAUAAAAGAUAACUUGACCUCGCCCUCAGAGCCUCACGGAAACAACAAGCUCAGUUCUCCCUCUGAGAUUUUAAGUGUAUAAAUUGACCCCGUUGAGCCUGGCAGCUGGAAUCAGCUGACCUGUCACUGAGUGAUGAAGAAUGUUGUAGGUGAUAACAUGGUGUCCAGCACUCACUGGCUGAACCAGGCUCUCUCGCAGGCUUUCAGCUCACCAUUUUGGAGUUUCUUUUUUUUUUCUCACAUAGUGCUCAACUGUCUCAGGAACAUAAAAAAAUCAUUUCUGUGUUGUUUUUAGCUGGAAAAUGAUUGAUUAUGAAAUGAUUGAUUAGAUUCUUUUUUUCUUGUUCGCUUGUUGACCUUAGCAUGUGGUGAGUUAACCAGACUGUCCUGCUGUAAACGUGUCUGACACGAAUCCAUUGCUCAUUGCUGCUACGAGCUACAUGAUAAGAGUGCUCCACUGACUUUGAUAUGUUAGACAUGAUUGACAUUUUUUUUAAAAGGAUCAAAAUAUUGCUGCAGAACCAUAAAUAUUAUCUCCUUCAAUCCUUGCAUUUUUCUUUCUCGUCAAAACCUGGUGCCUACAUUACCCACAAUGCAACUGGACUGCUAACCGUUUGGUCAGAGAUGAGGAGCAGGCUACAGACGUCUGGUAAACUCACUUCUGUCUAACUCUGCACCCCCUGAUCUUUUUGUUUUUCAGACUUGUAGUUCUCAGACUCUCCCAACAUCGACUCAAGUGACAUCACUUGAGGACAUUUCUCAGACUUCAUACAGCUCCCUCUGGAGGUGCUACAGGCUUUACACUACCUCUCUCACAUAUGCAGUAGUACUCCCCCACAACCCUGUAAACAAACUUUGAUCUGUUAAAUUGGUGGAGCUCUCCUUUAACAUUAAUCGCAUUGCCGGUUUUGCCUGAUGGCUAAUGAGCUAGCUUACGAGCUCCACUGCUGGAGUAGAGGCUGACAAGAUUGUUAGUGUGAGCUGCAUUUGUGAAUGAAUCAAAAUGAUGGCACUGUUAAUUUUCCUGCAGAACAACACUGAUAAACCUUCGCCCACUAAACACUCUCACACUGUCCUCAUCUUUCUCUCAGUCAGUUUUUAUUUACACAUCAUUAAGUGUUUUUUAAACUCACAGCAGCCGUUGCAGUUGCUCUGAGUUUUGUCUUUCACCUUUAAAGCCUCUGUGACUUUCCUCUUGCAGUCAUCUUAGCUCCAUUAGUCUUUAUAAUGUAGCGAUGGGACUCCACCAUCCAGCCUGCCUGGCUCUUUGGUUUUAUUUUGUGGCUUCUAAUUUCUCAGUUUUUAAGACCGUACAUGGAAAACUCCCUGAACCCCCCCCCCCUUUUUUUUAAAUUAUCAUCAGAGAAAAUAGUUCUUACAUCUUAGUGACAUUUUUCAAAAAUGAGGAUUCUUCAGUCUGACUGUUUACAGUGUCACUGCAGGUGGUUCAUGAUGCUUUAAGUGUCAUUUAUUGUAUGUUUUCCAUCAGAGCCAGCUGUGCAGGCCUGCUCUGUGUGUUGCAGAAUAACUGAGCGACCGGCUGCUCAAGAAAAAGAUGGUUUUGUCAUUUUUGGCUGAUGCUCUCAUCCGGAUUAACUUGCAGGAUCAGGUGUCUCGCUUAAGGCACGCUGAGAGAUCAUCAUGUGACAUCUUCACACCUCUUCCUCAUCUCAAAAUACCAAUUAUGUACUUAGAGCAGUUGGUCCAUUUGCUGAUUUAAUCACGUACUUCUGUGUCAUAAUCAGAAAGCAUUUUAUAUUUUCACUGAUGCAGUGUGCGCUGUCACUUUGUGGCUCUGAUGGGUUGUGAAUCAUCAGAGGCCAAUUCUACAGAGAAAUCUGUCAUAUCCGUCUGGUAAGAUUUCCCCUCUCUCCCCAGAUGACACACUGCCUCUGCAAUCGACAGUUUGUUUUUAAAUGAAGGGUUUCAUUUCAAAAUGGUUUAAUGACAUGAAAAACUCAAAGGGAUUGCAGUGAAUUAUUGGUUUUACAUUAAAAAUAUCCUUUAAACAGCCUUAAUAAGAAUUUGGAAAUACUUCUAUUAUUGUCUAAAGAGGGCCGCAAUGUUUUUUUUGUUUUUUGUUUUUUAAUUUUGGGAUGAAACCCUUCACUCAUACCUCAGCAGACCAAGGGCUUGAGUUUGAUUUGUGAGUUUCUGCUUUGGUUUCAGACAGCUUGGUCUUUGAAUCAUGUUGGUUGUAGCAGCUUGCCUGUGGCGUUUGAAGACACAGGGAUAAAUGGGAUGCUUUAAUGUUUUUUGUGUUCUGUAUCAGAGGAAUAAGUGAUGCAUUUGAAGUGAAUGGAGCUGCAAUAUGUACAGUUUUUAAAUGGAAAUGAACAUUCCACAGUUGGGUGUUUGUGCAAAAAUGUAGCCUGUGAGCUAUAAAAAAUAUUUUCAUUUUUAUGUUUUGUUUUGUUUUUUUUUUUGUUUGUUUGUUUUUUUGCAUAUGGAUGUUUGUUUUUCUGAGCUUCGAUGUCAGAUUGUGUUUAAAGCAGUAGAUAUUUCAAUGUACAUCCAUUUCUACAAUGUCUUCCUGUUUGAUACAUGAAAUCGCUCUGAGAACUAGCAAGGUUUUUGCCUUUUUGGAGUGGCUUGCAGCUGUUUUCAUUAAAUGAUAAGGACGAGCAUGAAUCCAGAAUUGUAGCUUUUUAAUGUCGUCUACGCCGUCAAUGAAAUAAAUGUUCCCCAUCAGCUCACGCACCAGAGAGACAAAGAACCCAGAUGUUUGUACAGAUUUUCAAAUUGUGCACCCACAUGAAAUGUAAAGCACGCUGUUGCUUUAUCAGUUUUUGGUUUUUCUCAUUUACCCAAUAAAUGUUUUUCUCUGA